AUGGAAACGCUGGCAGAAACCAGCCUGCCGGCAGGGCUACGGCGUCCGGAUCCUUCCUCGCUAAUACCCACCUCACCGGAAGGCGAACAAUCGCCACAGAACAGCAACCCCGGUUCCGUGCUGGCCAACAUCAUCGGCACGAGUCUGGGAUCGGGCAACGCAGCACACAGCAACCUGCUCGAGGAUCACUCGCAAUCUUCGCAGGAAGACAGCGGUAGUGUAGUCAGUCCGGUCCAACAUCCGGAACCGGAGGAAACGAUCGAAAACAUCGAGAAAGAGUUGAGCGAAUCAUGCAUCGAUACGGACUCCCAACCGACAACGGAAGCUCACGGGAACCGAGCUGGAUUGGCCAGUUCUCCGUUGAGUGGCAAACCCGGUGUGUCCUUCUCUUCGACUUCCGUUGUGCCCUCGAUGUCCUCGGACGGUGCAGGGAGAAGUGGAACGGUGCCGAAAUCGCAAGACUCCUCCAGCGUGACUUCUCCGAUCGGAACGACUCCUGUGGCUCCGUUGACGAACGGUGGUACCCUACCAAAAGUGGCCCCAAGUGGUGGAAAACCGAUUGCCAUGCGUGCACUCGAUCGCAAGAUGAGCAAAACGGCCCGGGGGCGACCGAAACGCAAAUCAAUGGUGGCCAUGUAUCAAAGUGAGAUAAGCGAAAACAAAAUCGGCAUUAAGCUGUGUAUAAAGAAAGCAUCUGAUGCAAUAGUACAACCAAAGAAACCGAUCCGCAAGCGUGCCCGUAAACCCAAGAGCCUUAACGAGGAUAGCUCGGACGAUACGUCACCGGAAAAGCGCAACCGGCGGAGUGAAAAGUCGCGGAAAACGAACAACAACACCGAGAAACGCAGCGCCGAGGAGGAGUACAAACCACCCGAGGAGCAGAGCGUCUGGGCUAGCCAGAUUCCAGAGCCCGUACUGUACAUGGUCUUCAAAAACGUCGUCCAGGACGAAGGAAGCGUGCCAGCGCUGAUGCGUCUCUCAAGGGUAUGCUCGACAUGGUACAAGAUGGCGCAAACGCCAUCGCUUUGGCGAACUGUCGAUCUCGGCACGUGGACGAAGGAUCGGUUUAAAACGGAACCAAAGCUAAAAUGGCUCAUAGAGAACCGGCUGAAGCAUGCAACCGAAGUGGGACUGGCAAACUGGAAGGUAACUAACGUGCAAUGUGUGCUGGACAAGCUGCUCGAGGCAGCACCCGGUCUGACCAGCAUAACACUCACCGGCUGGAAAGCGCUCACCUCGGAUCAUUUGCUGUUUCUAGUGCAAAAUUUUAACCGUUUGCAAAGUCUCGAUCUCAGCUCCGUUAAUGCUGAAGUUAACGCUAACAAGACAGCCGUUGGUCAGACGUCCCUGUGCAAUGCCAUAACGGAGAUGGGAAGUCGUCUGACCCAUCUCCAUCUGGCUCACAAUCGUUUGGGAGGUAUCCCGCAAAUCGUCAAGGCACUCUCGACGCACUGUCCAAACCUGUUACUGCUAGACUUGUCGAACGUAAGCACGGUUGCCAUUUCGCAUGGUAUUCUGCAUAUCGAGCAGCUUCAGCACGGCUGCCGGAAGCUGAAGGUACUCCGGAUAACGAACUCACACAUCAACCUUAGCACAGCGACAUUGCAGGAACAGAUGGAAUCACCCGGAUUUCCGGAACUUGAAGAGCUUUCCGUGGCCUCGCUCGCGGACGAAGCUCGCCUGUUUAACGACGAGUUUUUGCAGCGCAUUUUGAAAACCAGUACAAAGCUUACGCUACUAGACGUCCGUGGAUGUGCCCGCCUUACGCACGAUAGUCUUAUCCGCUUGCCGACUUGGGAUCUGAAGCACCUCUUCUUAUCGGGUUGCUCGAUCAAUCGAGACAUGGGGGCUGGCCUGGAGCUGAUUGCUUCAAAGUGGGCACACAGUUUGAUCGAGUUCGACCUGGCGUGGGCUAGCGCCACCAAACCGCUGGACGACGCGUUGAAAGCUCUCGCCGACAAGGGCGCGGAAUCGCCAUUGAAGUACCUCAACCUUUGCGGAUCAUCAGUUUCAUUGGAGGCAGUCAAAGAAGUCCUGGCAAACUGUCCGCACAUGAACGCCAUUAAUCUCGCAUCAUGUCGGGGAUUACCGCGGGGCGUUAAGCGGUUACUGCAGGGUGCACAGGAAAUUGCGGAACUACGAGAGAAUCUUGGCGUGACGCUGAAGCGUCUCCCAUCUCAGCAAACCUCCUCUCCAAGGAACACCUAA